CAGCGCGUGGAGGCCAUGAUGGCCACCCUGGACCGCAUCAACGCCGACACGCGCAUCCUGCCCAACGUCACGCUGGGCUGCGAGAUCCGCGACUCCUGCUGGCACUCGGCCGUGGCGCUGGAGCAGAGCAUCGAGUUCAUCCGCGACACGCUGGUGUCUGCCGAACAGGAAGAGGAGAGCCUGACGCGAUGCCACGAUGCCGAGCGAGACGCCGCCGACGCCGCCGCUGCUGCUGCCGCUGGCAUCAGUGUGAAGAAGCCCAUCGUGGGACUCAUCGGUCCUGGGUCCAGCUCAGUGGCCAUCCAGGUGCAGAAUCUUCUCCAGCUGUUCAACAUCCCUCAGAUCGCCUACAGUGCCACCAGUAUGGACCUGAGUGACAAGAGCCUGUAUAAGUACUUCAUGCGGGUGGUGCCCUCCGACGCCCAGCAGGCACGAGCCAUGGUGGACAUAGUCAAGAGAUACAACUGGACAUACGUAUCGGCCAUACACACCGAGGGCAACUACGGGGAGAGUGGGAUGGAGGCCUUCAAGGACCUGGCAACCAAGGACGGCAUCUGCAUCGCCCACUCCGACAAGAUCUACAGCAACGCAGGCGAGCAGAGCUUCGACAAGCUCUUGGAGAAGCUGCGGAGCCACCUGCCCAAGGCGCGCGUGGUGGCCUGCUUCUGCGAAGGCAUGACUGUACGCCGCAUCCUCAUGGCCAUGAGGCGGCGCCACCUGGUGGGGGAGUUCCUGCUGGUCGGCAGUGACGGGUGGGCGGAUCGGCACGAUGUGACUGACGGCUACGAGCGGGAGGCGGCAGGGGGCAUCACCAUCAAGCUGCAGUCGGCCUACGUCACCUGGUACGACGACUACUACCUGAACCUGCAGCCCGACGGGAACCUGCGCAACCCCUGGUUCCCCGAGUUCUGGCAGCACCGCUUCCAGUGCCGCCUGGGGGGCCACCCGCAGGAGCGCAAGGAGUACAACCGCACCUGCACAGGUAAUAAGUCUCUUCGUCACCAGUACACCCAGGACACCAAGAUGGGCUUCGUCAUCAAUGCCAUCUACGCCAUGGCAUACGGGCUGCACGCGAUGCAGCGCGCCCUCUGCCCGGGCACCGUCGGCCUGUGCAGCGCCAUGCGGCCCAUCGACGGACGGAAGCUUCUGGAGUUCCUCAUGAAGACCAACUUCACGGGCGUCUCCGGCGAGCUGGUGCUGUUUGACGAGAACGGAGACUCGCCGGGAAGGUAUGAGAUCAUGAACUUCAAGCAGAUGAGCGACGACAUGUACGACUACAUCCACGUGGGCAGCUGGGACAACCAGGGCCUGCGCAUGGACGACGAGGAGAUCUGGGUCAACCAGACUGUCACCAUCACCUCCGUCUGCAGCGAGCCCUGCGAGAAGGCCCAGAUCAAGGUGAUCCGCAAAGGUGAAGUGAGCUGUUGCUGGACCUGUACGCCGUGUAAGGAGAACGAGUACGUCUUCGAUGAGUACACCUGUCGUGCCUGCCAGCUCGGUGACUGGCCCACGGACGACCUCAAAGGUUGUGAGCCGAUCCCCGUGCACUACCUGCGCUGGGGCGACCCGGAGCCGAUCGCGGCGGUGGUCUUCGCCUGCCUGGGCCUGCUGGCCACCACCUUCGUCACCUCGGUCUUCAUCCGCUUCCACGACACGCCCGUGGUGAAGUCGUCGUCGCGCGAGCUGUGCUUCAUCAUCCUGGCGGGCAUCUGCAUCGGCUACCUGUGCACCUUCGCGCUGAUCGCCAAGCCCCACGUGGCCCUCUGCUACCUGCAGCGGCUGGGCAUCGGCCUGUCGCCCGCCAUGAGCUACUCGGCGCUGGUGACCAAGACCAAUCGGAUCGCGCGCAUCCUGGCCGGCAGCAAGAAGAAGAUCUGCACCAAGAAGCCGCGUUUCAUGAGCGCCUGCGCGCAGCUGGUCAUCGCGUUCGUGCUCAUCUUCCUGCAGCUGGCCAUCAUCGUGGCCCUCUUUAUCAUGGAGCCCCCGCUGGUGAUCCACGACUACCCCAGCAUCCGCGAGGUGCACCUGAUCUGCAACACCUCCAACCUGGGCGUGGUGGCUCCGCUGGGCUACAACGGCCUGCUGAUCCUCAGCUGCACCUUCUACGCCUUCAAGACGCGCAACGUGCCGGCCAACUUCAACGAGGCCAAGUACAUCGCCUUCACCAUGUACACCACCUGCAUCAUCUGGCUGGCCUUCGUGCCCAUCUACUUCGGCUCCAACUACAAGAUCAUCACCAUGUGCUUCUCCGUCUCGCUCAGCGCCACCGUGGCCCUGGGCUGCAUGUUCGCGCCCAAGGUUUACAUCAUGCUAGCUAAGCCAGAGCGUAACGUGCGCAGUGCCUUCACUACCUCCACGGUGGUGCGCAUGCACGUGAAGGACGGUAAGACCUCCGCCAACACCCGCUCCUCCAGCAGCAUGGUCAACCUCUUCCGCCGCCGACGCUCCGACCACGACGUCAGCUCGAAUGGUAAGACGGUGACGUGGGCGUCCAGCGAGCGCGGCGGCUAUCGGCCCAACCUGUGGAAGCGCAUCUCCAUCCACAUCAAGAAGAAGGAGGAGACCAACCAGACUGCCAUCAUCAAGCCCUUCUCCAAAGACUGCGACCUGCCGGGCGGGGCAGGAGACGCAGGGUCCAAGGGCCAGCAGUGCCUCUCGACCGGCACCUACCGCGCCCGCAGCUCGUCCCCACUCCCGACCGUGUCCCAUCAUGCCUCACUGCGCUCUCGAGAGGAGGAGGCGGCCGUUGCUGCUGCUGCUGCCGCUGCUGCUUCUGCUGCUGCAACGCCAUCGUCACAGGAGGAGGAGGAGGAGGAGGAGGAGGAAGAGCAACAGGACCUGCUGGUGCCACUGCCGUCGUACCUGAACGAACGACCAAUCAUUCAGCAUCCUCCAUCCGCGUCACUCCAUCAGCCGCCGCAGCAUCAGCACCAGCUCCCUCUUCAGCCUCAGCAUCAUCACCAGCAGCAGCAGCAUCCUGGAGCUUCACACCCGUUGCGUCCCGCUCAGCAGCAUCCUCCCCAGCAACAGCAGCAGCAGCAUCCUCAGCAUCAGCACCACCAGGUCGUCGGCCCCUCUGCAUCAGCACCGCACCAGGGCUCCAUCAUGGACCAGAUCAGCUGCGUGGUGCACCGCUUCACCGCCAACAUCAGCGAGCUCAACAGCAUGAUGCUCUCUGCUGCCGGACCCUCGCCUGGCCUCCUGGGCGGCCUACCCUCCUCCCCCUCGCCCUCCUUCCUCAUCCAGCACGACCUGCAGAUGCCCGCCACCGUCACCACCUACGCCGAGGUCGUCGCCGUGAGCAACGUCAACCCCCACGCGCUGGGCGGAGCCGUGAGCAUGGGCGCCGGCGUCGGAUUGGUCAGCAUGACCGGCAGCAGCUGCAGGGUGUCGCCGGCCAGACUGAUGAGCAACAACAGCAGCACCUUCAGAGCCGCGUCGCCCUCCCCAUCCCUCACCCUCGCCCCCUCUAUCGCCGCCCCUCCUCCCCCCUCAGCCUCCGCCUCUGCCGCCACCUCCUCCUUCUCCUCCUUCCUCUCCAGACACCCAGAGCUGGAGGAGCUGGUCUCCCUGCAGCCGCCGUCCCCCUUCCGGGACUCGUCCCUGGGCUCGGCGAGCGAGUCGACUGCCUCGCUGGCCUCGCAGGCGGCGCUGGCGGAGCACCAGCAGGAGGGCUCUCCCCACUACGACCGCCUGGCCCUGCGGCACUACAGCCAGAGCUCCUCCUCGCUGUGA